AUGGAUAGGCUAAUGUCGAAGUUUCGUCGAGGUAAUGAUAGUGCAAAACAAACGAAAUUGAAAUCCGAAGAUGCAGCGACACCAAACAAGGAGAAUGAUCCACAUGAAUGGGAUCGACCACUCGAGUUCAUCCUGUCACUCAUUUCUAAUUCCGUUGGUCUCGGCAAUGUCUGGCGAUUUCCAUAUCUAGCUGCGAAAAGUGGUGGUGGUGCGUUUCUCGUACCAUACUUCAUCUUGUAUUUUCUCAUCGGUGCACCCAUCUACUAUCUCGAACUGGCUCUCGGACAAUUCUCAAGUCGAGGUCCAGCUACUGCAUUCAUUCUUGCAAAAGGAUGGCAAGGUAUCGGAUUCGCCAUGGUCAUUAAUACCGUAUUCUGUAUGCUAUACUACAAUGUUAUUAUUAGUUGGGCAUUAUUCUAUUUCGUCCUAUCAUUUCGAAAGAAUCUUUUAUGGAAAACCUGUGGCUAUUGGUGGAAUGAUGACCGAUGCUUUGUUCCUGGUAGCGAAAGUUCAUUACACGUCAUCAACGGAACAACUUAUAACUGUACUCAACCUCAAUAUCAAAACAUAUCUCAAUAUUCAUGUGUGUCGAUCAAUGCAACAGAUCGCGUGACAGCAACAGAACAAUUCUUUUAUCGAUUACUUUUGGGAAAGAGCAAUAGUUUUGAGGAGUUUGGAACACCUCAACUGUACCCUGCUCUUUCGUUAUUCGUUGCCUGGUUAAUAGUUGGUGCAUGUAUUAUUCGUGGUGUGAAAUCAUCAGGAAAAGUCGCCUAUUUCACGGCUAUUUUUCCAUAUGUUGUGUUGUUAAUACUGAUUAUUCAAAGUUCUUUAUUACAUGGCGCCAUCGACGGCAUUAAGUUUUAUGUUAUUCCGCGAUGGGAACUCGUGGCCAAGUUUGAGACAUGGCAAGCAGCCGCUUCACAGGUUUUCUUCUCUCUUGGUCUUAGUUUUGGUUCGUUGAUGGCAUAUUCAGCAUCUAACAAGUUUAAAAACAAUUUCUUCCAGCAAAUGUGUAUUGUUGUGUCAUGUGAUUGUUUCACCGGUAUUUUCGCUGGCUUCGCUGUAUUUGCUACGAUUGGAUAUCUCGCAUCUGAACUCGGAGCGUCAGUGGAAAAAUACGCAAGUUCUUCUGGUCCAGGUUUAGCAUUCAUCACAUAUCCGGAAGCUAUUACACACAUGCCGGCUAGUCCCGUUUUCUCCAUUCUUUUCUUUUUGAUGUUGUUAGCACUCGGUCUCGGCACUCAGUUCGCUAUGACCAACAUUCCUAUAAGUGCUGUGAUGGAAUUGUUUCCCAGACUUCCAGUGAAACGUCCAGUAAUAGUCAUCAUCACUUGUGUAGUGUCUUUUCUUGUCAGUUUGCCGUUUACUUGUCCAGGUGGAAUAUAUCUGUUUGAUCUAUUGAAUGAAUAUGCAGCAAACAUAUCGUUAGUUGUGGUGGGGUUUUUCCAAGUAAUCACAGUUGCGUACAUCUACGGUUUUAAUCGAUUUAUGAAUGAUGUGAAGAUGAUGUUAGGAAAGCGUGCAGCUGAAUAUUAUUUGUUCGUUACAUGGUGUAUCAUCGCUCCUGUUUUAAUGCUUAUUAUAAUAUUCUCAAAUUUAAUCAAUGCUAAACGUAUGUCGAAUAAUGCUGGUGCGGGUUUUGCUGCGUAUGUUUUUCCUGAAUGGAGCACUAUUGUUGGAUGGUGUAUUUUUAUCCUUUGUAUAAUACCAAUUCCAAUAGUGUUCAUCGUUAACUAUUUUCGAGAAUAUUCUGCACUGAGACGUGGAGAUUCUGGAAAAAAUAUCGGUCGUAGAUAUAAGAAUUAUCGACAUGAAGACAACAAUUACUCAGAGAAACCAAGAUACUUGGAAGCCGCUACACGAAAUAAUUCGCCUCGGUUUGAUUGGGGACCGAAGAAAGAAGGUAAUUAUGGAGAACCAUAUGCGCAUUUGAAAGUAUUACUGUCGACUGGGGAUGUUGUUCAUAAUGGUCAAGGUGGGUCACGUGCAAACACCCAUUACAAUAAUAGUUUUCAACCAGAUUCGGUCGGAUUGGAAGGUUCAAAAGAUGUUUUACAAGAAAGAUUGUGA